AUGACACAUAAUGGCCCUUCAACAGUACCCUCCGGACGUUUUUAUCCCAAGUAUCCCAAUUCCGCGAAUACGCAAGCAACAACGCACUUUAGCGCUCCCUCCCGACAAUCGACGACACAGCCUCCCGCGCCUAUCGAGACCUCUGAGCGGUCUCUUGGAAGUCAUUCAUUGGGCUCGACGAAUACUCGUUUCACGCAGGCUGCCCCAGUGUCGCCAGUGACACCCGGCACAGGGUACUCAGAUAUUGACAUACAGCCGUUCUUAACGAAAGUGACCAGACCCGACUGCGCCGUGUCCACGGCAUCCUUUCCCACCCCUGAGCCCAGCAACGCCUCAAUAGCCAGUCCGGUCGUUGCCGUCAGGGAAAGAGCGGGCUCUUCCAGCAGAGAUGCAUCAUCAACGGCAGGUGCGAAUGUGUCGCUCCCGCAGCCUGCUAAAUGGGAAGGUGCGACCCCAACACUCCCUGCCGCGACUUCCCUCAGUCCAGCCCAGCAGCAACAACGGCAACAACCCCAGUGGAGCACGAGUCAGACCUCCUCCCGGCCCUCUCGGCCUCCAUCUCAACCACAACCUCAACUUCUACGAUCGUUACACGCACAAUCGCCACACCAGCAGCACCAGCAGCAACAGCUACAGCAACAGCAAACUCAACAUCCAUCUCCUUCCCCUCGGGGGCAGAUCUGGCAGCAUGCUAGAGCCAAUCUUGAUUCAUAUAUACUACAAUUGAACCGCACAAAGCAUUCGUCCGACGCGAACAAAUCGGCCGAGACCGUGGAGUUGCCCCGUGUGCGUAUAUUGGAGGAUGCCUGUAGAGAGGAGGACAUGUUCUAUCUAGCUCUGCAUCAAACCUUCUGUCUCAACUCUGCAGAUCCGAGCCAACUAAGUCAAAUCACACACCAGGCAAUCCUGCCCGGCGUUGGCUUCGAUGUGGUCGCGCAGCUUUUGGUCGACAAUAAGAGACUGUCUCCAGAAUUUCUGCGAUGGUCUGUUGAGUACCCUAUGCCUCUCCGAGUGCUAUUGCAGUUUGAAGAGUAUAGGAAUGCUCUCAAACAGGUCUCACAUUGUUUAACUACGAUUUCCCGUUAUUGGUCUGUCUUUGAAAAGGAGAUUCGCUCACGUUGCCACCCGCCCCAGGUAGACGAAUUAGUUGACAGCUUGGGCGUCGAGUCGCCCGUGUUCCAACAAAUCGUGUUUACUGCGAUCUGUCGGCGUUUGUUUGGUGCACGAGAGGAACCAUACAAGGCCUGCAUAUCUCUUUUCGAAGAGGAUCAAAGAACCUAUAAGCAACGCUCUAUGCUUCCUGUUAAUGCUAGAAUACAGGCUAUAUUCGACUUUUUUGAGAAGUACAAACAGAUUUGUGCAUACCUGGCAGUGCCAGAGUCUUCAGACGAUCGAAAAACGUUUGCGCCACGCCCAGUUCCAUCUUCUGUUCAACCAGCAAUGUCCAUGACGAGGACGAGUGGGAAUACGCCACACCAUCAAAAUCUCACACCGAGCAACACACCCACGAGUCUCCCUCAUCGACUGCCUUCGACAGCCCAGAAUGUGUGUGGUCGGCACGUUCACUUACCUGCUAACCCUGUUUCUUACCCUCACGUGUCGCCAAAUAUGGUACCAAAUGCUGGUCAACAGCGACAUCACCAGCAACAACAGGCUUCUCAUCAAAAUUUCAUGCUGAACGCCGGCGCUGUUCAAUCUGCCCAAGCGCCUCAGCCAAAUCGUUUCACACCGCAAUUCUCUGGCUCCCUUCCUCCACCUCCACCUCAAUAUACAGUUGCCUCGCAAACUCCUUUGCCAGCCAAUAUUGCAGCGCCACAUCAGACGCUACCACCCACUCUCCAGAAUCAGCCAACUUUUCCACAUAUGAGACAGAACUCUACUGGUCAUCCCGCGUCGACUGCUUUACAUCCUCAAUACAUCUCUCCUGUCGCCAGUCCCAACAUGGGGCCUAGUAUCAGCUCACCAAUUCAACCAAUGUUCUCGCCAACACAGCCCCCGCCUAGCAACACAGGACAAAAUCGACGCCAACAACCUCCUCAAAGAGCUCCUCAACCAGGCCCAGCUACUUCUUCGCCAUUAACAGUGCAGCUUAGUGGCACUUCAUUUCCCCUAUAUCCUCAGGUGACAAUCCGACCCAUACCUCCUUAUCCUUCACCACAAAUACCCAAUCAACAUAGCCCCAACGCAAACCCACUUCCAGACAUUAUCCAGUAUUUUUCGGGAUUCUCCGUUGCUCCACAGCGACUUCCUCCUAACAGAUCCUCAUUCACCUGGACUUUCACUGUUUCACGUGAAGCACUACGUUUGAAGCCGGAUCUCGUCAGGCGACCCACUGGUAAUGGAUUUGUGCCGGCACUGUCUGAUGGGAAUAUGUCAUGGCGCCUUCGCUGCAUUAGAUAUCAGGGACGCCUAGACGUUGACUCGAUCGCUACAUGGUCACACGCUGAAAGUAGUUGGCCCGAUGUCGUAUACAUUCACGUCAACAACAAGGAAGUCGUUCGCUCACCGAAUAUGAAAGGCUCGCCAAUAAGUAUAAACAGUUUCUUGGUAGACGGCACCAAUGAGAUCCGAGUGAAUGUUUUGCACACCAAAGAACAACGCACGUCAAAUAUUUCAUACGCUAUUGCGGUUGAGGUUCUAAAGGUGAAAAGCCCAGAAAACUUUCGGAAACUGGUCAAAAGAUUGCCAGCUCAGGAGACGCGCCAACAAAUCCAGGCGCGUUUGUCAUCUAAAAACACUGACGAUGACGAGUUGAUGAUAAUGGAUGACUUCAUCUCCAUUGAUCUUCGUGAUCCCUUCACCACACGAAUCUUUGAGAUCCCUGUUAGGAGUUUAUCGUGCACACAUAGGGAAUGCUUCGACCUCUCUACUUUCUUGCAAACGCUUGCAGUCAAGGCUAUGGGGGAGAAACAUACGAUAUAUGUCAGGUGUCCUAUUUGCAGGAAGGAUGCGCGGCCUGACCUAUUGGUGGUUGAUGAUUUCCUCAGCGAAGUGAGAGCCUCGCUAUCCAGGGAGAACAAGUUGGAAACCGCAAAGGCUAUUCGUGUGAAAAGUGAUGGUUCUUGGUAUGCUGUUUUGGACACGGAAAGCGACAAUCGCACUACUACAAGCCGGAAACGAGACCGCAGUUCUUUCGAGGCGGACUUUAUCAAAGAUGAGAGCCUUCCUGCUUCUACUCCACUGGCGACUGCGGCGCCUGAAGUCAUUGAGCUUGACUAG